UUCAUUGAUUGACUUAAAUAGGUAAAACAUGCAGAGAGACUACAUAGUUCGCCUGAUAAAAUAGGUAGAACAUACUGGAAGAGAACAUACAUCGACUGAAAGUUUUGUUUGGAGCAGGCAAUCUAUUAAUUAAAUAUAUCAAGUAAACAAAUAUGGUUGUGACACUAUUCCUUUUUCACUAUUCGCAACAUUUAGCCAUUUUAAUAUAUUGGAAACUAUUCCAAGAUAUAUAUUCUCCAUGGAAUGAAUGGUCUCCGUGUUCUCGUUUAUGUGGGCCAGGAAAAAAAUAUCGUGAACAAUACUGUAUUUCAUCAAAAUGUAUUCAUCAAAUGGCUAAAUACGAUGUGCAAAACUGUACAAGUAAUUGUCUUGAUAUACAAGAAAAGUGCGAUUCAACAAAUGCAAUAGUUUUAUUAAACAAUGGAGAAACUUAUAAUUUAAUUGAUAAUAACCCAAAUGUAAUGCAAACUGUUUGUAAUGGCAACAGUCUGGUCUAUAAUUCUGGUACUAAUCCCUAUACAAUAUUAUCUUUAAGAAUCAGAUCAAGAAAUAAAUUUACUGUGAGUAUGCGCUACCAACCUGUUUAUGGAAAUAACUCAUGGUUCAAGUUUCCAUCUCAAAGCAAUGCCAAGCAAGCGUUAACUCUAACUACUUAUGCUACUAUUGGGUUGAUGUUUCUGACCAAAUAUGAUUUUAAUUUUUCUGUUGAAGGUAUUGGUUAUGAAAUUGUUUGUUCUACAAGCAGUUGUUUUCAAGGAUAUCUUUUAGGAUGCUUUUUUUCUUUACCUAAGGUUAUUUCAUUUGGAAAUUCUUUUAUCAGUCGUUUUUUAUCUGACCCUACCUUACCAGUGAUAGACACUUUCAAUUGCACUACAAUGGCUGCACCUUUUUAUUAUUCAACCAUGUACGCAGUUAAUAGAAUCAACAGUAAAACAUUAUCACAAAAUCAAAGUAAAAGGUUAUAUGUAAAAUAUUCUCUAAAGAAUAAUAAUCUCUACUAUGGGAUUCAAGGUUUGACUAUAACUACCAAUUUUACGUCAGCUAAUGAUAUGGCAUCAGUAUUUAAAAAAAUAACUUAUAUGGGUUUGGCUUACUACUAUGGAGCAUUUGAUUGUUAUGGACAAGUAAAUACGAUCAAUGGCACAAAAUUUGGUCACUUUGAUAGAGCUCAUCUUGAAGUUCUUUAUACACAUGAUUUCAAUGAAUGUCAAACAAACACUGGAUGCUCAAAUUACAGUAUUUGUAUAAACUUAGUUCGCACCUUUUAUUGUAAUUGUAAACUUCCCUAUUUUGGAGAUGGGUACAACUGUAAUUUAAAACAAUAUUAUUUUGAUACUCAACUUGGUGUUUACUCUACGUUACAAUUUAGACAAUACACUAUACCAGAAUUUUACUUUCGUGGUUUGUUUUAUGCAAAUAAAACAGAAGAGUUGUAUGUGUGUGGAAGCUAUAAGAAAAAUAGAAAAUAUGGCUGUUUAUCAUCGAAAGAUAUUGGUCAAACAUGGCAGUAUACUCACCAACGACUUGAUUUAAUUUUUGGUCAAUCAGCUGAUGGUAAUGUGUAUGGAUAUUCUACAUUAGAUAGCUCAUAUCUGAUGUUUCACUUUUCACUAAAAAGAUGGUUUUCAAUACCAUCCACUGCAUAUGAAAAAGCUCGCAGCAAUAUUGAUUUUUAUUCAGACAAAGUUGUGAUUCCUACUUUAAAUGUUUCAGUUGAUCCUAGACGUAAUGAAAUUAUUCUUCCACUACAACAAAGUAUUUAUAGGAUCAAUAACCUUAUUCUGGCAGUUACAUUAGAUGGACUUUCGAAAUGCUUAAAUGAGACAGAGUACCUUUGGGUUUCUUAUUUUCAGUGGCAAAAUCUUCCAUUUUUAGAUUGAAUAUAAUUGUAUUUUUGAGUAAAUAGUAAAAACGUUAAUAAUAA